GGAUCAGCAGCUGUGCCUCUUCACCUCUCUCCUGCGGAGCUGGUGCUUGUGUGCUCACCUCGGAGGGAUACAGCUGCGUGUGCCACCCUGGCUACAUGUUGGACCCCAGCCGCCUCCGCUGCAUUGAUGAAGACGAGUGUCUGAAAGAUCCUUGUGCUGGAAAAGGUCGCUGCAUCAACAGCGUGGGCUCCUAUUUUUGCCACUGCUACUCGGGGUACACCCUGGCUGUCUCCGAGGGCAAGCAGAGCUGUGAGGAUCGAGAUGAAUGUGAGCAGCCCUCUACCUGCCGGGGACAGCGAUGCAUCAACACCCCCGGCUCCUACCGCUGCGAGUGCAAGGAGGGCUUUGCCAUGGGCCCCAGAGGACAGUGCGAAGAUGUCAACGAGUGCGUGGAUCCCAGCCCUUGCCGCAGCGGGAAGUGUGUCAAUACACUGGGAUCCUACAAGUGUGUCAGCUGUGGGGAUGGCUACCGGCCCAGGAACGGGAGAUGUAUUGACGUGGAUGAGUGCCUUGUGGAGGGGACUUGUGCUCAUGGACGGUGUGUCAACCUGGAUGGCUCCUUCCGCUGUUCCUGCUACCGGGGCUACAAGGUGGCACCUGAUGGGAAGAGCUGCCAAGACAUUGAUGAGUGCUUGGCCCAGGCUGCCUGUCCCUCCGGACUCUGCCUCAACACUGAGGGCUCCUACUCCUGCAUGGCUUGUGACGCUGGCUACGCUGUCUCCAGAGAUGGAAGCGUGUGUGAAGAUGUGGAUGAGUGUGAGGACCCUACUGUUCAGUGCCUGCGGGGAGAGUGCAGGAACACCCCAGGCUCCUACAAGUGCCACUGCCAGGCUGGCUAUGAGCUCAUCAACGGCACCGUCUGCGAAGACGUGAAUGAGUGUCUGAACAGCGAGAUCUGCAGCCCCAAUGGUGAGUGUCUCAACAGUCACGGAUCCUACUUUUGCAUUUGUGCUCCUGGAUUCUCAAACGCAGCUGGCGGAGUCAGCUGCCAAGAUGUGGAUGAAUGCACAGACAAGUCCCGGUGCUCACAAGGGCAGUGCCUGAACACAGAAGGCUCCUACAGGUGUCUAUGUGAAAAUGGGUUCAAACACUCCCAGGAGACUGAUGACUGCGUAGACGUGGAUGAGUGUAAAGAGUACGGUGAUGCCAUCUGUGGCACGUGGCGGUGCCAGAACAGCCUGGGCUCCUACCGUUGUAUCAUGGGCUGCCAGCCUGGCUUCCACUGGACCCCCUUGGGUGACUGCAUCGACAUAGAUGAGUGUGCCAACGAGACGCUGUGUGGGAGCCAUGGCUUCUGCGAGAACUCAGACGGCUCCUUCCGCUGCCUCUGCGACCGUGGCUAUGAGAGCUCGCCCUCCGGGCACUACUGUGUUGAUGUGAAUGAGUGUGAGCUGAUGGUCGCUGUGUGCGGCACUGCACUCUGCGAGAACGUGGAGGGAUCCUUCCUCUGCCUCUGCCCCAGCGACCAUGAGGAGUACAACACAGAGGCAGGGCAGUGCCAGCCCCGAGCUGCCAUGGAGGGUCCCGAGACACACGCAGCCCACCUCUCUGACACUACAGAGCGCAAGCAGUGCUACUACCACAUCAGCGAUGUUCGCCUGUGUGACAGCGUCCUGGCCAAGAACAUCACCAAGGAGGAGUGCUGCUGUACUGUGGGGGCAGCCUGGGGUGACAACUGUGAGACUUACCCCUGCCCCAUCCCGGGCACAGUGGAGUAUCAAGAGAUCUGCCCUCUCGGAAAGGGCUAUGUUCCCCAGGAAGACAUGCUCUCAGGAAAAGUCUCUUUCAUAGACAUGGACGAGUGUGAGAUAUUUGGCUCGGAGUUCUGCCGCAAUGGACAGUGUUUGAACACGGUGCCCGGCUACAAGUGCUUCUGCCGUACAGGCUACUUCUAUGACUCCAGCAAGCUUGAGUGUGUUGACCAGGACGAGUGUCAAAACGAGGUGUACUGCAUCAAUGGCGAGUGUCUGAACACAGAUGGCUCCUACCACUGCUUCUGCAGCCUCCCUCUUGUGCUGGAUGCCACCGGCAACCGAUGUGUGAACCUCUCCAGCAGGGCAGAUCCCUUGGAGGAGUAUGAAAUCCACCUGGACGUCUGCUGGCAGACCGUCGCCGACUACAUCUGCCAAGACCUGCUGCACGGCGAGCAGACCACAUACACCGAGUGCUGCUGCCGGCUCGGUGAAGCCUGGGGCCAGAACUGCGCGCUCUGUCCACACAGGUCCUCCGCUGAUUUUGCUUUCCUGUGUAACGGGGCCAGUGAAGACAGUGAAAGAGGGGCUGAGCUCCGAGAAAGACCUAGGUAUGAGUACGGACCGGGCUUGGAAGACCCCCACUACGGCCUUCCCAGCCCAGAUAUGGGCCCCUACUACAACUACCUGGAGUCUGAGUACGGAAACCCCGAUGCUGGUUUCCCUCGGAGGGAGCCCAACGGCGAGUUUCGUGGCAGCCCUCUCCACCAUGGCCCAGGGCGGUCCCCAAAAAGACGGGUGGGCCUCUACGAGGGCUUCGAGGGGCUGCAGGCUGAGGAAUGCGGGAUCCUCAACGGCUGCGAGAACGGGCGCUGCGUGCGCGUCCGGGAGGGCUACACC